ACACGUGAUGGUGUCACAUGAACUUGGUGUGAGAUCAUAAACAAUACGCAAGGUUUGGGGAACCUUGCAGAACAGGUCUGCCCACACGGUAGCGAUCAUGGCAUCUAACCUACUAACUUUAUGCACAGAAAACGUGUAUGUGGAUGUUUCUGGGGCUUUGCUGUAAAAAGCACUAGGAAUACAAACUUGACAGGAUUAAUUGUGCUUUUAUUCUCCAGUUACAUCAGUAAGACAUUUUUCAUGUUGUAAGUGUUGCUUGAAGAUGGUGUAUGCAAAUCAAACUCAGACCAACUUCACUGUUGGACUGCAGUAUGAGGGGUUACUGGGAAGACUGUUUUCCUCCACUCUGACUACAGUACCAUGCUGUGUAUUUCUCUUUAUUAAUGGGACCAUGUUAUUCACCUUGAGGAGUAAAUCUGUGUUUCGUGAGACCUCUCGUUACAUUCUUCUGUUUAACCUCCUUUUUGCAGACACUGUAUUACUGGCACUGAGUCAGUUUCUGUACCUACUGGCUUCUUGCACAAUAACACUGUCGUAUCCUGUGUGUGGUGUUAUUACCAUGCUCACCAAUCUCACAAAUGAAGUCUCUCCUCUUACACUGGUGGUGAUGUGUCUGGAGAGAUAUGUAGCUGUGUGCUACCCACUGAGACACGCUAGCAUUGUCACCAUCAGAAACACAAACAUGGCUAUCAUUGUGGUUUGGGCCUUCAGUUCACUGAAUGUCUUUAUUCGAGUUGUUUUGCUGUUAGAUUUUCCAUUUUCAGACCUGGACACUCUGCAGAUGACCGACUUUUGCUCUCACCUAGCCAUGUUUCUUAACCCAGUGUCUAAUAUUUAUGACAAAGCAUACACUGGUUUUCUGUUUACUUCAGCUGGUGUUGCAGUUAUUUCUUCCUAUCUCGGUGUGGUGAUAGCAGCCAGGUCAGCCUCCACAGACAAAGCUUCAGCCCGUAAGGCUCGUAACACACUGCUGCUGCAUCUGGUGCAGCUCGGCCUCACUCUCUUGUCAACUAUACAGAACCCGCUGCUCAUAGCUAUCUCACAAAUUGUAACAAGAAUAGUAAUUGUGCGUAUACAGAUUACUUUGCAUGUGUGUAUUUUCCUUUUCCCAAGAUGUCUGAGUGCUUUCAUCUAUGGCCUCAGAGACCAGACCAUCAGACCCGUCCUCAUGUUCAAUCUCUGCUGUCGACUGAAACGCUCCGUCGUCCCAGCGAAGGCUGAGAAGUCGAGCUUGGUUAAGUUUUCGGGGAGACCUAGGUUAGUCACAAUAUCUGGCUUCAGUUGUUGAGGAAGAAACUAAAAACACCCUUUUAUAUUUUUGAAAACAAGAAAUGUUCAUUUGUUAGAACAGGAUAUGCCAGUAUUCAUAGGAAGCCACUGAGGCUGCAUUUAUCUCUCUCAAAAGAUCUAUAUCACUGUGUGGGACUCAUUCUGAAUUUAUUACAUUUUAAUCAUUCAAUUAAAGUUGUUUUGCUGCACCAAAUAGAUUUACAUUUCAUUUAUGACUAAAACAAACAACAACAAACAAGCAUUCAUAUCCUCAAACACAACUCAAAACUCUCUAGAACAGGGGUCUCCAUUGUAAAAAAUACCCUUUUCCUAACACUUGCAAUGACGUGUACAAAUGGGUUCUAUUGAGUCAAAACAUUUAAAUACAUUACUGAAAGGUUUUUACUAGUUAAAAAGUAUAUUGAGACAAGCCUUUAUUACAUGAUCUGAGUUGAAACCUUAGUUUUUUGUUCUGUCCUUCUGCAUUCGCCAUUCACUCUUCAAGAAAGUCAUUCAGCCACAUUGAAAUAUGUUCCAUAAUUUAAUUAAGCAAAUUAAAAGAUGAACUUUUGAGUGUAACUUACAUUUAAAAAAAGUACAACAACAAACAUCCGCUCGGCUUGGAACAAGUCAGAAUCAUGUGUUUCAACCGGUGUUUUAUUUAUUUCAUUCUACAUUUCUACCGACUCUUUCUAUGCAAACUAAAGUUUCAAACAGGCUUUACGUGUAAGCACACACCUCGCCAAACACAGAAAACAGCUCUGAAAAAGUUCUCCUUAAAAACAAUAUGGUGUGUUUAGGGUUAUAGUAUGUUUAGGGUUUGUAAUGGCAAUCUUUAAGAACCUACACAACCCUUUGACCUGGUCAUUGUAAAACCAUUCAUCUAUGGCUAUUUUGUUUCAUCUUGUUAUAUUGUUUUCUCUGUUUUCGUCAUCUUACGUCUGUCAUAUGCACCAGUCUUAAUGUUGGAAUGUUUAAUGUCUUGCAAUGAUGCAAAUAAUAAUAUUAAUUAUUGAUUAUUCUCCCUAAGUUCAUUAAACUAAAGCCUGUUUUUAAAAUGUAAGCACUGAAAGGUACUAAUACUUGUCUGUGGGGCCUCUUGCCAAUUGUCUUCCUCUCUCUUUGUAGCCACCAGACUUUUAACCAGAACCAGUCGUCGGUCCCACAUUACUCCUGUUCUCGCAUCUCUUCAUUGGCCUCCUGUAAAAUUCGGAAUCAACUAUAAGAUCCUACUGAUUACAUAUAAGGCACUUCAUGACCCACAGUUACAUUUCAGAUCUCCUUGUUCCUCAUUCCACUCCUCGACCACUUCGCUCCUCAAAUCUUGGCCUUUUAUCAAAUCCCCGCUCUAACUGCAAACCUAAAGGUGACCGUGCCUUUGCUGUUUUAGCGCCAACAUAGUGGAAUAGUCCUCCCUGUUCAUUUAGAUUCACUGAAUCUGUGGACUGUUUUAAGCAGCUUUAUAAGCCUUUUUAUAGAUCUCCUUGUUUGUUUUCUCAUCUGUCGUCUCUCUUUUAAUGUAUCCUUUCCCCUUGUUUUAUCUUCCUUAUGUUUGUAUUUACAUGCUCCCUAUGUUUGUUUGAUUGGGUAUGAUUAUGCAUGUACAUAUUUAUGUGUAAUACCCAUAUGUAUGUUUGUUGUUUGUAAAGCACGUUGGACCUCUGAGUUAAAAAGGUGCUAUAUAAAUAAAGCUUUACUUACUUACUUACUUACUUACUUACUUACUUAUGUAGCCUUAAAAAGGUUGGAGACCCCUGAUCUAGAACUCAGUUCCAUCAUCAGAGAUAAGGGUUGGACACAAUAAUAUUAACACUUAAUGUUAAAUAAUGUACUCCAAAUAAAUAAACAAAUAAAUAAAUAGCUCUGAAUAAAUCUUCUGUGAAGCUGCAGCUCAGAUUGUGUCAGAGAGUUCUUUCUGCAGCCAAUGUUCGUGUUGGUGUUUGAAUUUUAAUCUUUUAUGAUUCUCUCACACAGUAGCAGCCUUUAUAAUUGAAUUUGUAUGUACAGUGCAGUCAGAAAGUAUGAAGACAGUGAUGUCUUUAUACAUUGUUUUGGACCUGUUUCAGCACUGUGGAGGUGGGUGUGGUUUGCACUCAGCUGCAGGAGAGAGAGGUGUGGGGAAGGCUUGUGAGAGCAGCACCAGGUGAGUUGAUUACCUCAGCUGCUAAUCGUUGCCUAAUCACUCUAACCCUUUAUCUUGCUGUAGUGUGCUGGACCUGGGAAGGGAGAUGUUACUGAGAGCGAGAGCAACAGAGUAGCGGAACACAUUGAGUGUUGUUUGUGUUGGUAACAGCGGCACUUAAAUAAAAGUUGUAAAUAAUGUUAUAAGGAGUACGGUCUAGACCUGCUUUAUUUGAAAAGUGUCCUGAGAUAACUUCUGUCAUGAAUUGGUGCUAUACAAAUAAUAAAAUAAAAUAAAAUGUAAUUGAAAAAAUUUGAAAA